GCUGGAGCCGGGCGGCGCGCCUGUGGAGCGCUCGGGGGCGGCCCGGGGCUGAGCAUGGAGCAGCGCGGCGGAGGUUGCCUUGGAGGCCCCUGGCCAGGCCUGAGCCUCUGCUGCCAUGGCCAUUGUGCAGACUCUGCCAGUGCCACUGGAACCCGCUCCUGAAGCUGCCACUUCCCCAAAAGCUCCAGCCAUGGGCAGCGUGAGCAGCCUCAUCUCAGGCCGGCCCUGCCCUGGGGGGCCAGCUCCUCCCCGCCACCAAGGCCCGCCUGGGCCCACCUUCUUCCGCCAGCAGGAUGGGCUGCUUCGAGGUGGCUAUGAGGCACAAGAGCCACUGUGCCCAGCUGUGCCCCCCAGGAAGGCUGUCCCGGGCACCACCUUCACCUACAUCAAUGAGGACUUCCGGACAGAGUCACCUCCCAGCCCAAGCAGUGAUGUUGAAGAUGCCCGGGAGCAACGGGCACGGAAUGCCCACCUCCGUGGCCCCCCACCGAAGCUCAUCCCUGUCUCUGGAAAGCUCGAGAAGAACAUGGAGAAAAUCCUGAUCCGCCCAACAGCCUUCAAGCCAGUGCUGCCCAAACCUCGAGGGGCACCAUCCCUACCCAGCUUCCUGGGUCCUCGGGCCACUGGGCUGUCUGGGAGCCAGGGCAGCCUAACGCAGCUGUUUGGGGGCCCUGCCACCUCCUCCUCCUCUUCCUCGUCUUCCUCCUCGGCUGCUGACAAACCCCUGGCAUCGAGUGGCUGGGCCAGUGGCUGCCCAUCAGGAACACUGUCCGACUCUGGCCGAAACUCACUGUCCAGCCUGCCUACCUACAGCACUGGGGGCGCUGAGCCAGCCACCAACUCCCCAGGUGGGCACCUGCCCUCCCACGGCCCUGGGCGGGGGGCACAGCCCGGGCCAGCCCGAGGGGCCCCUACUGGUCCCUCCCACUCGGACAGUGGCCGAUCCUCUUCUAGCAAGAGCACGGGCUCCCUGGGGGGCCGCAUGGCUGGGGGGCUCUUGGGCAGUGGUCCCCGGGCCUCCCCAGACAGCAGCUCCUGUGGGGAGCGCUCCCCACCACCCCCACCUCCUCCACCCCCUUCGGACGAGGCCCUGCUGCACUGUGUCCUGGAAGGAAAGCUCCGUGACCGUGAGGCAGAGCUUCAGCAGCUGCGGGACAAUCUGGACGAGAGUGAGGCGACCAUAUGCCAGGCGUACGAGGAGCGGCAGCGGCACUGGCAGCGAGAGCGCGAGGCCCUGCGAGAAGACUGUGCAGCCCAGGCGCAGCGGGCGCAGCGGGCCCAGCAGCUGCUGCAGCUGCAGGUGUUCCAGCUGCAGCAGGAGAAGCGGCAGUUGCAGGAUGACUUUGCCCAGCUGCUGCAGGAGCGCGAGCAGCUGGAGCGGCGCUGCGCCACCUUGGAGCGGGAGCAGCGGGAGCUUGGGCCACGGCUGGAGGAGACCAAGUGGGAGGUGUGCCAGAAGUCAGGCGAGAUCUCCCUGCUGAAGCAGCAACUGAAGGAGUCUCAGGCAGAGCUGGUGCAGAAGGGCAGCGAGCUGGUGGCCCUGCGGGUGGCGCUGCGGGAGGCCCGAGCUACACUGCGGGUCAGUGAGGGCCGGGCGCGGGGCCUCCAGGAGGCGGCCCGAGCGCGGGAGCUGGAGCUGGAGGCCUGUUCCCAGGAGCUGCAGAGGCACCGCCAGGAGGCUGAGCGGCUGCGGGAGAAAGCUGGGCAGCUGGAUGCUGAGGCAGCCGGACUCCGGGAACCCCCUGUGCCACCUGCCACCGCUGACCCAUUCCUCCUGGCGGAGAGUGACGAGGCCAAGGUGCAGCGGGCAGCAGCCGGGGUUGGGGGCAGCCUGCGGGCCCAGGUGGAGCGGCUGCGGGUGGAGCUGCAGCGGGAGCGGCAGCGGGGCGAGGAGCAGCGGGACAGCUUCGAGGGGGAGCGGCUGGCCUGGCAGGCGGAGAAAGAGCAGGUGAUCCGAUACCAGAAGCAGCUGCAGCACAACUACAUCCAGAUGUACCGGCGCAACCGGCAGCUGGAGCAGGAGCUGCAGCAGCUCAGCCUGGAGCUGGAGGCCCGGGAGCUCGCCGACCUGGGCCUGGCCGAGCAGGCCCCCUGCAUCUGCCUGGAGGAGAUCACUGCCACCGAGAUCUAGGGCCCUCGCACCCAGCUCUGCAGGGAGCUCUGCCAAAGAUGGGCAGCAGCUGGCAUCCAUUGAGGCCCUGGGAUCCAGUCUGAGGGCCCACAGCCACUCAUCCCCCAGGAUCUGCCAAGAACUCGAGGUUGCCCUGUGACCUGGAGGAGCAAGAACAGACCCUUCAAAGGUCCCUGUGUUCACUGUCACCCAGAGGCUCCUACUCACUCUACCCAUUUCACUCCCCACUGCUGCCAGUGCCACGCUGCUCACCCAGACACCGCCAGCCCACUCCUGCCGGGGAGCUGGGAAGAGGAAGGGACACCCUCAUCUCCACAUUCUCCCCCACCCCAAAGCCAGAGAGAGCCAGAUGGCACCAGCUGCUCCAGAUGUGCCUACCCCCACCCUGCCCACAUUGGGGGACAGGGCUGGGACUGGGGUCUGGCCCCCAGGUUCCAGCUCUGCAGCCUCUCUCCUGGAGUGAGGGGGCUGAAGUCAGACCAAAGGAAGAACUCAGAAAUGUCUUGUUUAUUUGUUUGUGACCAAGCAGCCCCUCCCUUCACCCAGGUUUACGGCCUCAUUUUCACGUGUAUAUUUUUCACACUGUAAAUUCUUGUACAAACCCAAAGAAAACAUUAAAAAAAAUUUUUUUUGUUUAAAAAAA